AUGCAUCUCCUCGCACCCCUGGUCCUUAUCGGCCACCUAACGGGCUUAUGCGCCGCUCAAACAGCCAUCAAAGUGGACGUGACUACAAAAUACCAGACCAUUGACGGAUUCGGUUUUUCGCAAGCGUUUGGUCGAGCUACGGAGUUCCAGAAUGCCGCUUCAACUCUCCGUACACAGGCGCUAGAUUACCUUUUCAGCACUACCAAGGGCGCCGGAUUCUCCAUCAUUCGCAAUCGUAUCGGUUCUGGAGGGAGUGGCGAUAGUAUCUUGCCGAACCAGCCAUCGUCCCCAAGUGCCAGCCCGGCAUAUACUUGGGAUAAGAAUGACAGGGGACAGUUGUGGUUCACGAAGCAAGCGGUAUCGUAUGGAGUGAAGACCAUUUAUGCGGAUGCGUGGAGUGCGCCGGGGUUUAUGAAGACGAGUGGCAAUGAAGCUACGCCAGGAUAUCUCUGCGGCACGCCAGGUCAUUCUUGCAGCAGCGGAGAUUGGAGACAGGCGUACGCCAACUUCUUGGUGCAAUAUGUCAAAUACUACGCCCAGGAAGGCAUUACUAUUACUCAUCUCGGAUUCCUCAACGAGCCUGACUAUAUGGUCUCGUAUUCGCAGAUGCAAAUCAGCGAUGACGCUAAAGAAGCCAUCGACUUUGCGCCUAUUCUAUACAAGACAGUACAAGCCGCUGGUCUUAAGACGAAGAUAACCUGCUGCGACGCCGUUGGAUGGACCAAACAGAGCACAUACACCACCGCUCUUGUGAAUGCGGGCAUGACCUCGACAAACAUCGAGGUCAUCACUGGCCACUCCUACAGCGCCGAUGCCACCUCGCCAAUAAGCCAGACCACGCGACCUAAGUGGAAUACUGAAGGCGGACCAUCGGGAGCUUUUACGACGACAUGGUACAGCAGCGGCGCGGCCAAUGAAGGUUUCAGCUGGGCAAAGAGAGUCGCAACCGCGAUGGUCAAUGCUCAGCUGUCGGCGUACUUGUUCUGGGAGGGCUUUGAGUUCAAGCAGACGCAGUCCGCCCUGCACCUCGUCGACACGCUAGAUGGGACUAAUGCGGCUUUGUCAGGUCCCUUCUGGUCCAUGGCUAUGUGGAGUCGGUACAUUCGUCCGGGGGCAGUACGGGUAGGCACAUCUGGAUCGAUCUCCAAUGUCAUCAUUGGCGCGUUUCAGAACACUGACAGUAGCGUGGUUGUGGUAUUCACAAACAGUGGCACAGGAAGUGCUUCUGCGAGCAUCUCGUUCAACGGUUUCACACCGAAGACUGCUGCAGCGUGGCAAACCAGUCAGGGAAACAAUUUUGUUACCACUGGGGCGACGUUGGCGAAUGGCGCUGUUGCUGUCACAGUUCCCGCACACGGUGUUGUUACUGUGAAGCUUACUUGA